UCAUCAUUUAUUUGUAUAAAAUGACUAGUAAAAUAUGCAAUCUACAAACUAACCUAUAUUUUUUAGUCUAUUAAAAAAACACACAACGGUGAUAUAUUAUUGGCCGGUACUGUAUGUAUAUAGGGCUGCCAUCUCGAAUUUUGCCAAACCUGGACAAAGAUUCAAAAAAACCCAGACAUUUGGCGUAAAUCGCAUUUUUCCCGGGACGAGUCCGAAAAUAAUAUUUUAAAAAAAACAAGACCUUUAAUUUUACAUGUAGUUUUUAUGUGCUUCCUUACAUGAAAAGUGUCCAGGUUUUCCCCGGACAGUUCUUGACACCCCUCCGGACGGCCUCCAAACUAGGACAAAUCUGGGAAAACCCGGACGGAUGGCAGCCCUAUAUGCAUAUAAUAUGAAUUCGGAGUGUGUAAUCGGUGAUGGAAAAAAAAUGGAAAGUCACAUAGUUUCAUCAGUGCCCCCAAACCAUCGCUUUCAAGAGCCAGAGAAAGCUGUUAAAACUAUCACCGAUAUGGCUGUUUGGGAGAAGUCUGAGGCAUACAUGGAAUAUACUGGAUUUAUUGCGACCAUCAAUGAAUCUAUCAAAAGCAAACCUUUAUCAGUUGACUGCAAAGUGAACAGCAAUGUCAUGCAACUUUUACAUGUGCUGGAAGAGAUUAAUAAAACGAUAGAUGAGUUUCCUCCUGUUGAGCAGCCACAAAGAUUUGGAAACACAGCUUUUAGGGAUUGGCUUGAUAAGGUCAAAUCCAACACAACAAAAUUGCUACAGAAAAUGGUGCCUGAAUCCCUCCAUGUCGCCAUAUUAGAAAUCAAAGCUUACCUUGAGGAGAGUUUUGGAAAUGCUACCAGGAUUGACUAUGGAACAGGUCAUGAAAUGGCUUUUGUAAUGUUUCUCUGUUGUUUAUACAAAAUAGGUUUUCUUCAACCAGAAGAUAAUGUGGCAACAGUAUUCUUGGUAUUUAACAAGUACCUAAAUAUAGUGAGAAGAUUGCAGAAAACAUACAGAAUGGAGCCGGCAGGCAGUCAUGGUGUGUGGAGCUUAGAUGACUACCAAUUUGUGCCGUUUAUUUGGGGAAGCGCUCAGCUCAUUGAUCAGCCAAAGAUAUAUCCUCCUGUCAAGUUUCUAGAGGAUGACAUCAUUGAUAAAUAUGCUGAUGAAUACUUGUUCCUUUCUUGCAUAAAGUACAUAAAAGAAGUGAAGAAAGGGCCAUUUGCAGAGCAUUCUAACCAACUGUGGAGCAUAAGCUCCGUAGGCUCAUGGGCAAAAAUCAAUCAAGGUUUAAUUAAGAUGUACAAAAAAGAAGUACUCAGCAAGUUCCCUGUGGUGCAGCAUGUCAUGUUCGGGUCCCUGCUUCCCAUACGUCGGUUCCCCCUUCAUCAGUAAACAAUAAAUAUUGAUUUUAAAAGUAUAAACUGCAAUAUGUAUUCUGUGCAGGAAAAAAUUCAGCCAGUUUUUUUUUUUGUAUUUAUAAUUUAUGUAAUUAGAGUAAGUACUCUAUAUAAUAAUAACCAACCGUAUUGUACGUAUUAAUUAUUAAAUAUCAUAAUCUUGACAUUAUUGAUUUCGAUAAAAUGUAGUUAAUUAAUUUUACCUUUGACUUUAUGACGUAGGUAUCUUAACACCUGUGUAUUUAUUGUUUAAUGAAAUGAAAUUAAAAUGUGUAUUAAAAAUCAAUAUGUAUUCUGUGCGGAAAAUUAUUCAGCCAGCUUUUUUUUGUAUUUAUAAUUUAUUUAAUUAGAGUAAAUACUCUAUAUAAUAAUAAGUGAGAGUCAGAAUGGCGGGUGUACCUAAAUAAAAAUAAAUGAAAAGCAUACCAUAUUUUUGUACCAAAUUUGUACUAUUUAGUACCUCCGUUAAAAAAAUUUAUCGUACAUAAAGUUAUCAUCAAAAAACAGUACACCCGCCAUCCUGACAGUCAGAAUGGCGGGUGUACUUAUUAUGCUAUGUUCCCGUGGUUAUUGAUAAAUUCUAUAAAAGCUAAAUUUAUGUUACCUCCAUAUUCAAUUAUAAUAUGAGUCUUUUUAUUUGUGGUUUCCAAGUUUUACUCAUUUUAUAUUUUGCUUGCUAUUACAAUUUUGCAGGCGUUAUAAUUUUUCAAGUUGGUUUUCAUUUAAUUUUAUUUAGAUACAUCCGCCAUUCUGACUCUCACAAUAAUAACCAACCGUAUUGUACGUAUUAAUGAUUAAAUAUCAUAAUCUUGACAUUAUUGACUUCGAUAAGAUUUAGUAAUAGUACAUUACUAUAGAGGCCGGGAAACGUAGGGUUGCAGGCCAAGUAGAUAUAUACGGCUGAGCGUAGCGAAGUCGGAUAGAGAUACGCGGCCGGCAACCCCGUUUCUCGCCGAGAUAUGUAUAGUGCUUUUCUCAAACUUGCAAUUAAAACAAAAAAUGUAGUCUAUUUGUUUUAUGGCGACCUACUCGGCUCGCCACUCUACCAGAGGUGCACUGCGCGUGUAAGUCCGCGCGCCUGCGCGAUGCGCCACCGCCGUUGCUUAACAACGAAUAUGCACAACGGUGAUUUGUUGUUGUGCAUGUUGUGUUAUUGCUAAGCAACGGUAGCGUACCUAUAUUUGUUGAUGGUUGAAUGCCAAGACGUUGUGUGACAAUUUGACGUUAAAAAACAAAAGAAGGUUGCUUUACAGUCCUAGGUGUGUAAGGCAGUAUGAAAUUCCUUUACAUAUCAUCUUCACUUAUCGCACCUGAUAUGUAGUAUUUCCGGACCUAAUUUGACGUAAGUCAUGUCAUCAUUUCAUAGCAAGUUUGAGAAAACUUAUUUUACCUUUGACUUUAUGACGUAGGUAUCUUAACACCUGUGUAUUUAUUAUUUAAUAAAAUGUGUAUUAAAAAUCGAUUAGUCGAGUAACUUUGGUUAAUUUAUUUUAAUGUGAUAUUAAUAAAUAAUAUAUGUCUGAAAUGA